GCCGCGCGGCGCGGCGGGGCGGGUGAGGAGGAGCGGCGCUCCGGAGCGGGGGGGAGAUCCGCUGCCGAGUUACGGGAAAGUUGGUCCGAGUUUUGGGAGUUUCCCUCGGGCUCGGCCGGCCGGUGCCUCGGCUUCUUUCCUCCCUCUGGCCUUUGUAGUCCAACCGGUCUCUCUUUCUGCUUCGGGCCGCCAUGGAGCAGCCGCCAGCGCCUAAGAGUAAGCUAAAAAAGCUAAGUGAAGACAGUUUGACUAAGCAGCCUGAAGAAGUUUUUGAUGUAUUAGAGAAGCUUGGAGAAGGGUCUUAUGGAAGUGUUUUUAAAGCAAUACAUAAGGAAUCUGGUCAAGUUGUCGCAAUUAAACAGGUACCUGUUGAAUCAGACCUUCAGGAAAUAAUCAAAGAAAUUUCCAUAAUGCAACAAUGUGACAGCCCGUAUGUUGUAAAGUACUAUGGCAGUUACUUUAAGAACACAGACCUGUGGAUUGUUAUGGAGUACUGUGGAGCUGGCUCUGUCUCAGACAUAAUUAGAUUACGAAACAAGACAUUAACAGAAGAUGAAAUUGCAACCAUUCUAAAGUCUACACUGAAAGGAUUAGAAUAUUUGCAUUUUAUGAGAAAAAUACACAGAGAUAUAAAGGCUGGAAAUAUUCUCCUUAAUACAGAAGGACAUGCAAAAUUGGCAGAUUUUGGAGUGGCUGGUCAGUUAACAGAUACAAUGGCAAAACGCAAUACUGUGAUAGGAACUCCAUUUUGGAUGGCUCCUGAGGUAAUUCAAGAAAUAGGAUAUAACUGUGUGGCUGAUAUCUGGUCACUUGGCAUCACUUCUAUAGAAAUGGCUGAAGGGAAACCACCUUAUGCUGAUAUACAUCCAAUGAGGGCUAUUUUUAUGAUUCCCACAAAUCCACCACCAACAUUCAGGAAGCCCGAACUCUGGUCUGAUGAUUUUACCGAUUUUGUUAAAAAGUGCUUAGUGAAGAAUCCUGAACAGAGAGCUACUGCAACACAACUAUUACAGCAUCAUUUUAUCAAGAAUGCAAAACCUGUAUCCAUAUUAAGAGAUCUGAUCACAGAAGCUAUGGAAAUCAAAGCUAAAAGACAUGAAGAACAGCAGCGAGAAUUAGAAGAGGAAGAAGAAAAUUCGGAUGAAGAUGAGCUGGAUUCCCACACCAUGGUGAAGACUAGUUCAGAAAGUGUGGGCACAAUGCGGGCUACGAGCACAAUGAGUGAAGGAGCCCAGACCAUGAUUGAACAUAACAGUACGAUGUUAGAGUCUGACCUGGGGACCAUGGUUAUAAACAGUGAGGACGAGGAAGAAGAAGAUGGAACUAUGAAAAGAAAUGCAACUUCACCACAAGUACAAAGACCAUCUUUCAUGGACUACUUUGAUAAGCAAGACUUCAAGAAUAAGAAUCAUGAAAACUGUAAUCAGAACAUGCAUGAACCCUUCCCUAUGUCCAAAAAUGUUUUUCCUGAUAACUGGAAAGUUCCUCAAGAUGGAGACUUUGACUUUUUAAAAAAUCUAAGUUUAGAAGAACUGCAGAUGCGGUUAAAAGCACUGGACCCCAUGAUGGAACGAGAAAUAGAAGAACUUCGUCAAAGAUACACUGCAAAAAGACAGCCUAUUCUGGAUGCAAUGGAUGCAAAGAAAAGAAGGCAGCAAAACUUUUGAGUCUAAUUUCUCUCUGUUUUAUAGCUACUCUACAGACCAAGAAACCACUAAGAAUUAAAAGAAUACUAUGAGGUUUUUUUUAAUCCCUAAGAUUUAUGCUCUACAGCUAGGCAAAGAUCAAAAACUAAUGAUGGCACAUAUCUAUGAAAGUUCCCAAAAGACACAAUUUACAAUUGUUUCCACUGUGUUUUCAUUUUUAAACUAUGAGAACAAUAGAAAUGUGUUCUUCUCUCUCUCUCUCUGUCAGCUGAAUACCAGCAAUAAGGCUGUUAUGAAAUGAAGGCUGUAUUUAGAGACCUUGAAGAUCCAAAGCUAUUGUUUAAUUGUAUAGCAAUGAAGGGCUUUAUGUUAUAAUAUUCUUUACCUAGAAGCCUAUUUAUUAUUGUAUCUUCUUAGGUAGACUUAUUUAUUUAUGCUAUUUCACUUAGUUUUGUUUUUAAAAGGCAGGACAGGAUAGUUUUAUGAAGGUUAACAGUGAUAAUGUACAACCAAAUUAUAUUUUAAGCAGGGAGCUAGGGGUACAUACCUUGAUUUCCAGGAUAGUUUUCCAAUAAAAGCAAAGUGUAAUAGCAGUAGUACCCAAAUGGGCUAGGCUUUUUUAUAUUGAAGCAAUAAAUUUUUACUUUUCAAAAUUUUGAUUUUUUGAUUUUUGAUAUUUGGUACAAGUAGAAAUAUAUAUAUAUAUAUAUAUAUAUAUAUAUAUAUAUAUAUAUAUAGUCAAACAGACCAAUAAUGUUUAAAACCAAAGAAAUGAAUGAAACUUGCACAAAAGAAAGUAUAGUAAAUAUUUUUAAAUAAAUGAAACCUUAAGACGAAUGUAAUUUGUUAAUAUUGUUUCAUGUUUCUUGUAUAGGUCUCUUAGCUAAACUGAAUCAAACUGUAAUAAGCUCAUCAACCUUAUUUCUGUGAAAGUGUGCUCUGUAUAGUCACAGGGCUUGUUGUUGAUUUCAUUUAUUUCCUGGAAUUGGUAAACAUCAUGUGCCUGAUGAUAACAAAAUAGCAAAAACAUUUGUACUAAACUGUGCAAGCCUUGGGGACUGGGGGGUGGGGGAAUGGUUAAAAGCAUUAAAAAGAAACUCAUUUCUAAGCUGAAUGAACAUUUGUAUAAUUGAACUGGGACCAGUUGUUUCCUAAGCUACAUAUGGCCAUCUUGACAGUGUUUGUUCUUUUCUGUCUUUAAUUAUUAUGUGUAAGUCAUAAAGAAAAAUAAAUUUUACUGUGUCACCCAGCA